GCGCAACGGAAACGCGGCCCGGUGCGGUACUCGCGGCGCAGUCAUGGGGGGUCCGGGAGGGAAGAUUAACCGUCCCCGAACGGAGCUGAAGAAGAAGCUGUUCAAGAGACGGCGGGUGUUGAGCCGGGAUCGGCGACUGAAGCACCGGGUGGUCGGGGCUGUGAUAGACGAAGGGCUGACCACGCGGCACCACCUCAAGAAGCGGGCGUCCAGUGCACGUGCCAAUAUCACUCUGUCUGGAAAGAAGCGCAGGAAGCUCCUCCAGCAGAUUCGUCUUGCCCAGAAGGAGAAAGCAGCCAUGCAGGUGGAAGCCCCCCAGCCAGCCAGGACUAGUGAACUACAGCCCAAAAGACAAAAGAAGACAAAAGCUCCCCAGGAUGUAGACAUGGAAGACCUUGAAGAGCUAAGUGUCUCAGUCCUUCCACCAGAAAAUUCUUAACUGGAAACCUGAAGACUCAGUGGUUCGGAGGACUUCUGAGACAGCAUGGGCUGGCCCUCUCACAGUCCCUCUUCUGUGAUGGCCUCGUGACCUACAGGGGGCAUUACUGCGAGGAAGAAGGUGGGAAAGAAAGACUGGAGAGGGGACUACUUAGUCAACUCCAGUUUUAAUAAAGCCCUGGAGCGCACUCUGAGAUGUGUGUAAUUAAAUGUAGGAAUGGGGGUGGCCCAUAAAAAGGGGUCUGUAUGUGUGGGAGCAAAAGACAUUUGGGAAAAGGAGCCACAGGCAACAAGAAGCCAGCCUCUGAUGGCCCAACUCCCAGUGAGCUCCUUGUGUCUGACAAAAAUAGAGAUGAUUGCAGGGGUGGCUAAGGAGGGAAGGGGCCUGGCAUGACCUUGCCACUGUGUGCCUACUGUGUGGGCAAGUCACUGUAGGUCUUGUUUGUCUGUUCUCUUUACUGAGGUAUAUUUUUAAUAAAGUGAAGGCCAAACAUUAUUUUUUCCCUUCAAUGUUUAGAAUUCUGUUUAUUGGAUACCAGGGAUUGUGUGUUUAAUUAAAGUGAAGUGCUACUUGUGAGGAGGUGUGUUCUAUGAGGGAAAAGCAUGUUCUCCUUGGGCCAUAGUUAAUCAGCACAGGCAUCUGGAAGAGGCAGGGUUUGGGCCCAGUAUUGUGCUUAAGUUUUAAACAGUUUCAAAUCUUCACUAAUGUUAAAAGAGAUUAGUAUAGGUGUGCUACCAGAAUUUAGCAAUCUAACUUUUUGCUACACUUAUCUCUACAUACAUGCAUUGUGUAUGUCUGUGUUUAUUUUUGUUGUCUGUGCUGACUUAUUUGAGAAUCCAUUGCAGAUCAGAGGUGGUAUAUUUUUUUGCAGGUGAGAGUUUAUCCCCUAACCACAUUCUUUUAUAUAGACAAAAUAUCACACCUAAGACAUUUAAUACUGAUGAAAUAACUAGUAUUCAGUUUUUCAUAUUCAGAUUUUCUGUUGGUCCAGUAACAGUCUUUAUAGC